AUGGAGAUGAUGAAUUUUGGAAAAUCAUUCCUAAGGGGAAUUGACGCAAGUUAUGCAGACCAACAGAGCAUGAUGACAGUCAAUAAUGUAGUAUCAGAAAAUGUAAAAUUACAAAAGGGACAAGACAGAGUUUGGCCCCUGUCACCAUUACUGUUCAUUUUAGUAUUAGAGACCCUGGUGAGAAAUAUAAGAUCUGAUGAAGAAAUAAAAGGUAUAACAGUUGAGUGCAAAGCAUAUAAGCUGAGAGCAUUUGCAGAUGACCUUGUAAUGACCGUAGAAGACCCAUUGGCAAAUGUACCAAGGGUCCUAGAUAAAAUAUCUGAAUUUGGUAAGCCUCUACCUGCACCAAUUCCCUUGUUGAUUCAUCUCUGCUCUGAGUCUUCUAAUCUUUCGAGAAUGAUGAAGGCACUCCUGAGCGCAAGCCUCCUCUUGGUCCUGCUUUCUCCAGUGGUACUCCAAGUGCAACUUUUGAAUAAAUGCACGACAUCCGACCAUUGUUUCUCAGGCAAUUACAGCUUCACUGCAGGGGACGGUAAAUUCUUUGAGAUGAAGAAGCACUGCUGCAACACUGAACUGUGUAACAAUGCAACUCUCAGCCUUCCUGAUCGCAACGUGCUGGCUGAAAAUGGCCUGAAAUGCCCAGCCUGCUUCUCCAAAGGAACCACACAGUGUAAAAGUCAGAAGACCAUCAACUGCCUUGAGAAUGAGACCCAGUGUGUUGUUUUUAAAGGAGCUCUUCAGAUAGGUUUUACUAAACACCACGAUUUCACGUUCCAAGGUUGUGGAACAACAGAUUUUUGUGCCGUCCGGAAAAACAGAAGAAUGUUUGGAACUGGGGGAUUUAUCCUUUUUAUUACCCAAAAAAGAUGUUAUAAUGCUUCAGGAAUCUCACACCAGCCUGAACAUGAAGGGUAA